AAAAUUGACGCUAGUUCUAUACUAUGUUUUCUUUAUUCUUGUUAUUGCUAAAACAUACUUGACAGAUUUUUUUUACAUAAAUAUUUUUCUUUAUUUGUGUGUAUUUUUGAUAAUGAGUUUCUGUUCAUCAGAAAAAUUCGUGCCGUUGAAUUAGUCAGUAGAUAUUGUGCUGACAAAGCAAAAGCGUAUCAUAAAUAAUAUAUUAGCACAGAACGAAAAUAAGGAAAAAUGAUGAAAAGACGGGAAUUUUUGUGUGUCUUCAUUUUAUCAAUUAGUAGUUUGUGUAUAAAUUCAUGUACUGGGUCAGAGUCAAUUAAUGAGUCUCGUUAUUCAUCGGAGCACGAUUUUGAUAUACUGAUAUUUACGCAGAGAUGGCCAAUUACGGACUGUAUGACAUGGAUGGGCAAAGGAAAUGAUCACGUAUGUGUGCUGCCAUCGCAAAAAGAUACUUGGAUCAUUCACGGCGUUUGGCCGACGAAAUUCGGGACACUUGGUCCGUUCUAUUGUAAUAAAUCGGCACCCUUCGACAUUCACUCAUUAGAACCGAUUAUUGAUCAAAUGAAACAAUACUGGACGAACAUUGAAAAAGGAACGCCGGUGGAUUCAUUGUGGCAACACGAGUGGGAGAAGCACGGUACAUGUGCAAAAAUUAUCGAUGAUUUAAAUUCGGAGAAUAAGUACUUUGGCCAAGGAUUGUCAUGGUUGCAACAGUAUACGAUGAGUGGUUUGCUAUCGAAAGCGAAUAUAAAUCCGGGGUCACAAUAUAAUGCCAUUGAUUUGCACAAUGCUAUCAAAGAUUCACUGAAAACCAAUCCAUCCAUUCAUUGUGUACGAGAGAAACGACACUAUGGCGAACAAUAUUUGUCGGAGAUUAAAAUUUGUUUCAACAAAAAACUAGAAUUGGUCAAUUGUGAUGGUAUCAAGGGACUUUCGUCAAAUUAUGUUGAUGAUAAUAUCGUUAUCGGCAAUUGUGAUCCAAAUAAUGAAAUCAACUACCCGAGCACAUUGCCACAGUAUAUACUCGAUAAAGUCGAUCGCGAAAAAACAAAACCAAUUUGGCGAUUUCCAUGGGUUAACGUUUAUAAACUAAUUGAAAUAAUCAAAUGGUUGACACUUUAAUUCACGUCCGCAACAAAAUGCUGUGAAUUUCAAUUUGCCGUUUCAUUCUUUUUAGUUAUUAAAUCAUGACUAAUUUUUAACAAUCUUUUCACCAGUUUGGAAAAUUUUAUUCGAAAUUAAUUUCAAUUUUUCACCGAAAAUCGUUUAUUUUGGAUCGAAAAAAUGUCGAAAAUGUGUUUUUAUCGACAAGACCAUAAAAAUUAAAAUUAACAAAAAAAAUUGCUUUUCGAUUUUGCACAUUGUUAUUUGUACCGUAAAAAGUAGGUAGACAUGUCAAUUUGUAUAUAUUAGAUAUUUAUUUAUAAUAUUGCAUAGCCAUAAGCAUAAUCAAUGACUUUUUUUUGUUAUCAAACGAAACAAACUUGUAAGGUAUACGUACAUUUUAUCUAAUACAUUAGACCAUCUAUUGAUAAACAAAUUUAUACGAAAACUGAACUGUACUUAAUACCGCACGUGAAUUAGACAUUUGAGCAAUACCUAAUAAAUUUUCACAUUUUGUACUACCAA